AUGGCCAGGGGAGAGGAAUAUGGGCCAAGGAACUGUGUGGUGUGUGGAGACCGAGCCACAGGCUAUCAUUUCCAUGCCCUGACUUGUGAGGGCUGCAAAGGCUUCUUCAGGAGAACAGUCAGCAAAACCAUUGGUCCCAUCUGUCCCUUCUCUGGAAGCUGUGAGGUCAGCAAAGCCCAGAGACGCCACUGUCCAGCCUGCAGGUUGCAGAAGUGUCUAAACGCUGGCAUGAGGAAAGACAUGAUACUGUCAGCAGAAGCCUUGGCGUUGCGGCGAGCCAGGCAGGCACAGCGGCGGGCACAGAAAGCACCUUUGCCAAUGAGUCAGGAGCAGAAAGAGCUGGUCCAGACCCUCCUGGGGGCCCAUACUCGCCAUGUGGUCCCCAUGUUUGACCAGUUUGUGAAGUUCAGGCCUCCAGAUUACCUGUUCAUCCAUCACCGGCCCUUCCCUCCUCUGGUCCCUGUGAGGCCUCUGCUCACACACUUUGCAGAUAUUAACACUUUCAUGGUGCAGCAGAUUAUCAAGUUCACCAAGGAACUGCCCCUUUUUCGGUCCCUACCCAUGGAGGACCAGAUCUCCCUUCUCAAGGGAGCAGCUGUGGAAAUACUGCAUAUCUCACUCAACGCUACUUUCUGUCUUCAAACCCAGAAUUUCUUCUGUGGGCCUCUUUGCUACAAAAUGGAAGAUGCAGCCUAUGCCAUGCCCAGGAGGCUCCUAAGCCUACCACCUCUCACAGUAGGGUUCCAGGGGGAAUUUUUGGACCUGAUCUUUCGCUUCCAUGGGACAUUGAAACGACUGCAACUCCAGGAACCUGAGUAUGUGCUCCUGGCUGCCAUGGCCCUCUUCUCUCCAGACAGGCCUGGAGUGACCCAGAGAGAAGAGAUUGAUCAGCGGCAAGAGGAGAUGGCACUGAUCUUGAACAACUACAUUAUGGAACAACAGUCAAGGCCCCAAAGUCGGUUUCUGUACCCAAAGCUGAUGGGCCUGCUGGCUGAGCUCCGGAGCAUAAACAAUGCAUACGCAUAUGAAAUCCAGCGCAUCCAGGGACUGUCUGCUAUGAUGCCACUGCUUGGGGAAAUCUGCAGCUGAGGCCCAGGCUUUUCUCCUUCCCCAGACUUCCCAGACACUGGACUGGAAAGGGGAAAUUGCUGGUACCCAAGAUGGGGACCAGCCUAAGGGAGCUCAGUGACAGCAAUGAAA